AAGUUGACCCAUAUCUUAGCGGGUGAUAAAUGCGUUGCCAUGCGCCAGUAACUGCGUUAUGGUAUCCUGUUUGUCGGUUCCCUAUUCUCUCUCUCCAUGGCGUCGCUUGUUUGAACCUUUGAUACAGCAGCUCGCCUCAUCUGAUUAAGCGCGAGCGUUCUCAGGUGAGGUGACGGGUCAUAACUUAAUGGAGGUGUCAAGAAGUGAACAUUCACAGGACUUGACAACUGUGGAAGUGUCAAGAAAUGAACAUUCACAGGACUUGACAACUGUUGAAGUGUCUACAAAUGAACAUUCACAGGACUUAACGACUACCGUGGAGGUGUCAAGAAAUGAACAUUCACAGGACUUGAUGACUGUGUCUUCUAAUAUUGCCGAUCAAAACCAUGAUGAUAAUUUGGUUUCUGAUCACUCAAAUCAUCUAGUCUUGGAAUCCAAGCAUGAGAUUGUAGAAGACGAAGUAAGAAACAUAUUGGAAAACAUUGCAGCCACUGGGAAAUUUUGGCAUGAUUGGGACAAGUUGAAGGCUAUGCUAUCUUUUAAUCUAAAGCAGGUCCUCUCAGAGUAUCCGGAGGCAAAAAUGACCAGCGAGCAACAAAGUUCUUCUUUAGGAGAGGACUAUCAGGAGUUGGUGAAAAGGUUGGAUGAUGCUCUUCAUAGCUUUGUGGAAGGUCCUCCAUUUACCCUGCAGAGACUUUGUGAGAUCUUAUUGGCUGCACAAAGCAUUUAUCCAAAUCUCUCUAAACUCGCUCUAGCACUAGAAAAGAAUUUGUUGGUGACAUCUACAUUGACAAUCAGUACUGGUCCAUAUCCACCAACAGGCCAACAAUCGAAUGAACCAGAAACAGGAACUGUGGAUUCAGAGCUGCAGUCCAGUUCAGUACAAAAUGGGGCAGAGCCUAUGGCGGGAGAUGGGGAUGAAAUAAUGAGCGAGGUAGAGGAGGCAGAUGUCCAUGAUGAUAUGACCAUCGACAUGGAAACCUUUGAAGAGAUAGUUAGAUCAUCAGAAACCCAUUCCGUGCCAACUGCUGAUUCAUAGCCUUUGGACGAGCCUCCGAAUCCAUUAAUCGAGCCAAGUUCGAGAGGCUCUUGAGCUCACAAGGUCUCAUUGAGGGUAUAAAAGCUUUAGUUUUUAUAUCCUUAUAAGCAUGCGGAGUGUGGUUGGUAGCUUACUACCUUUUUAUCUUUUUACCAAGCAUUAUGCAAAUCUUUCAAGUGAGCUGCAGUAAAAAAAAAGCACAAAUCAUUGAUGCAUAUUGAUACAUUGUUAGUUAUUCUUCGGUGUGGUAUUUGUACUUCUACUUGAGUAUCAGCACCUGGUCUCGUCUUUUUAUGAACCAGUUGAUGCAAACAUGCUUUGUGUGUGGUUCAAAACAUGAUGACAAUUAAAGUCCGAGA